CUGAAGCGAACCCAAGCGACGGCAUCUUUCCUAUCUUCGCGGCCCUGCAAGUCUAUGAAUGGUACAACCUUCAUGACAUGCCUGGAGAAGAUGCGGCUUUCCUCGGCCAUUCCCCAAAUUUUUUAAGGCCUCAUAAACUGGCCUAUCCGUAGCGUCCACUACCAUUUACAUGGCCGUUGGCAUCUCACAUACCCAUGCACCUUCUUCCUCCACCAUGAACGAUAGCCCACAUACGAACAUCGACGUCGACCUGCUUUCAUUGCCAAAAUGUAAGCGGCUUCGCGACGAGGUCAUUUCGCCCUUGACAUAUACAAAUGACAUUGUGGACUUUGAUCACUGGGAUCAUAUGUUCAUAACAAACUGCUGCAGGAGCUUGACUCUUCAUGAUUUCGACGGACCUCCAUCUACAAUUCUUGAUCUCGGAUGUGGGCGCGGUCUUUGGGCUAUCGAAGCCGCCAAGCAAUGGCAGGGCAGCAUAGUCGUUGGUUUCGACAUCGACCGCAUGCAACCAGGCUUUAAUGUCCUCGAAAAGUCUGUUUCUCGUCGGUUAAAAUGGGUUCAAGGCAAUCUACUAGAAGAGCUACCAUUUUCGACCGACAAAUUUGACUUCGUGAGGAUGGUCCGAAUGGGGUUGCACAUCCCAGAAGAUGAGUGGCCAUCAGUUCUGGCGGAGAUCGCCCGCAUCCUCAAACCUGACGGUGUACUCGAGAUUAUUGAAGAAGAUCUAUUAUUUCCCUGCCAAUCUACGCGAUCACACGAUGUGACACCCAGUAGCGGACAGUCUUCUGGUAGCUCUACCCAGAGCUCGAAUACAGUUGUAACUGCAACCUCUUACCACAAAUCUGUUUCGUCCUUGAAAGCCAAAGAUGACACAAAUACCAGCCUAGAUACGAUUGCUGGAACUUCGUCAACCUCACUACCCUCCACGCUGGAUACCAAACUCAAGCAUCCAAAACCCCCAGAUCCUCAAGAUCACACACGACUUCAGCGCGCGUGGGAGGAAAUGCUAUACAACUACUUCUUGUCACCGCAACUACUUUCCAUCCUGCCGUUGUAUCUCUCGUUAUCAUUCCCCAGUAUUCGGUCGCAUCUCCCCCUGCAAAUUCCCUUGCCACUCGACUCCUCUGCCAGACAACAGCUCACAACUCAACAUUCGGUAUCGACUAUACAGGUUGAUCCUGCAACUCUUUUCGAGCUUCGGGCCUUGUCAGCCCAACCGUCAUCCGAAGCCGAUCCCAGCGCCCGUGCUUCUGUGAUGACGGCAGAGGGUUCUGAGCAAACCAUGUCGUCGUGGGCAUGCAUGCACCUAGCUCGGACCGUGCGGACAAUCGUGGGUUGUAAAGAGUCGAUCUGGAGUGCCUACGAAAGACUGUAUAACGAAGACCCCACACCCCGAGUUGUCCGAACAACACAACAGAAGCCUACCUCAGCUCGGUCCGACCUCCGCCCGUCGCCUACCAAUCCACUUCGUGAUUACUUUGAACGCGAUUGGAUCAACUGGGAAAACGACAUGGCAGAUCGUACUAGCUUACGAGGACGCAUGCGAGCGGAAUUGACGUGGAACGAGCCCGUCGGCAAACCUCCAGAUUGGCGCCUCUGGCGUAACUCUCUGCCGCAGGAAAAUGCAAGUUCUUCUCAAGAUGAAUCAGCGGAAUAUUGCCGGAGCCUUCGUGGCUUUGUAUGUUUUAAAUCAUGAAUCAUGACACACAACUUCAUAAAUAUACCCCUUCAUCAUACACAAUCUCGCACAUGCUUCAAUGAAUGGACUGAUUAUAUUAGGCAUUUUCAGCACAUCUGUGGCUCCUGUAUAUUAUAUAGGGCCUUCUGCAUCUAAACCAAUAUUGAUAUGAGUGAUCGGAUUCGAU